ACCCCGUCUGCCUUCACCUGUCCCCUCCACUCCUAGGCCUUCUUCCACCACCAUCACCACAAUCUCACCAUCCCGUUCCCCCCCCCCUCCACUCACCUCCACAAUUCUCUCCACCCUCCAUCCUACCUUCUUCAUCCCUGCCCUUGAAGUUUCCCCUCUGGUGUCAUCAUGGCUCCUCCCCUCCCUAUAUAAGCCAGAACUACCCGUGGAGAAACACCUUCCCGCUCCCGUAGAUUUGUCUUCUUCUUCAAGGCGUCCGCCCCCUUCCAAUCCAAAAGUCAUUUUGUCAAACAGACUCCUUCAUCCAAUUACUCGUACCCCUGUCAAUCCAAUUUACCUACAAACGGACUCAGACCUCUCCCGGCUACGGAAUCUCAGAGCUUGACAACGGUCGAAAAACCUAUCGGGACCGAAACACGCAUAAAAAAUCACUCUCCCCCCUGAGCAAUUUAAAAGGGAAGGAAUAAGAAAAAUAAAAUAACCACCCCAUAAAUUCUACGACCCGUCCGUCUCCUUUCUCCAACACUUUUAGCAUUCAGAUCUGUGUUUGCCAAAUUUUUUCAGCUGGCCUCGUUAAGAAAGUAUCCGGAGUAGCGAUCAGCCCUCUCCCGAGCUGUCUGAAAGAUGCUAGAGACAGCUAAAUACAAUUCUUCAGCCCUCGACCUGCACUCGUCGACGCAGAGAUCCUCAUCGACUACACCAGCAGAUCCCCACCGAGCUCACCGGAGCAUACGCUACGACCUCUUCAACCCCCAAUACGAACUCUCCCAGCAAAAAUCCACUCGCAGCCGAUCCCUAGGCUCCAGCACCAGCAGGCCAGGCAAAGCCUCCCCGCAACGCGAUCACGACAGCAUGGUCUCCCCUACAACCCUCCCCCAUUCUUUUGGUGCACUCCGGGACUCUAUCCACAAUCUCGAUAUGCGAGUGCGCAAUUCACCGGGCACCUCUUCAGCUCCCGGUUACAGCCCUUCUAGCAGUGUUUUCGAGAGCCUUUCCGGCCCGGACCUGAACAUCCGUCGAGCAUCGUGUGGCUCGUCACUGCACAGGGGCGUGGAGGAACUAACUUUGGGUGAGUCCCGCCCCUCCGGUCGUCGCCACCACCGCCGAAGGACCACGAGCCGAAGUGGGUCGGGGGCGAGGGAGGUGCGGAUCGAGGAUACGAUGUUCCCUACGACGGUGGAGGACUUGCACCACUGUGACGAGAAGCACUGCUCUAACCACCAUCACCGACAAUCAUCAUCUUCAAUUGUCUCCAUCAAGUGCGAUAAAUCGGACGAAGACGAAGCAAACGCCAAAGAGCGACUCGCACACGGAGAAGUUGGAGCAACGACACACAUGGAGCCCUGUGCCCCACAAAUGCUCGUCCCACUCGUCGACCGCCCACGGGAGAUGCGCGAGUUGCUGGGACACCGCUCAAAUAAGGACUGGGCCAGCCUGGUUCGUCGGACCUUCGGUGAGAAGGUGUAUAAAGCGCAGUGUCUCCCGCUAUGGACGGAGACCGACCGCCGGACUAUGCCGGAUCGCGAGUGGCUGAGACGCACGAAGGACCUGCUCAUGCGCAAGGCCUGCGGCGGGUGCACCGACGGUCGUCUGUGGAGCGGGUUUUGUGCGAUGGUCGGUUGGGACGAGAGUGGGAUCGGGAUGGAGGGAGGGUGGACGAAGAGCGGUCACUCGCAUAGCCCCAGAACUCGAUCGCACUCGCAUGACUCCAGUCCGCAGAUGAAUGCGAUCUUGGAGGCGGAGGAUGAGGAUGGGAGGAAGUAACUUGACUUCGUUUUUAACUUUAUUGGGUAGAUCUGGAGUUUUCUUUCCUUCCCUUUUACAGAUGAAAAGCGAUAAUCUUUUGUUAAUUUUCUUUUUCCCUUCCUCGCCUAUGAUUUUGGCUGGUACUGCAUUUCUCGGUGGUUUUUUUAUUUCAUGCUUGGUUUGCUUUUGCUUCACUUCUGGUACAUUAUUAAGUUUAAUCUGUAUAACUAUGUCGACUAACCACAUGGUUCCUUUACUUUAAUUUUCCUUCAUGAAUGUUCUUUCCUUUCUUCAGUUUUCCCCUAUUGCCUACAAGAGGAAGGAUUCAAAAUCGCUGGACAAGCGUGGUGUUGUGGCUCGGCUUAUGGUAUAACGGGUUUCCCUUUUUUUUUUUUUUUAGCUUAGCCAUUACCCUCUUUCCAUCUUGUUGUAAAUCUGUAACUGUACAAUUAGAGACAAAACAAUGAACUAACGGACCAAGUAAUAAAAUUUUCCUUCCCCCUCUUAGCGCGGUCUGUGCUUGCGUGCGUGCGUGCGUUUUGUGGUCGACCCGGAUCGAUGCCUGUGCGUAUGAUACAGAGGGGGAAAUACAUGCCCGCUCCAUCUAACAUGUCACAUUUUGGGGAAAGUUUUCGAAUUUUUCCAUAUAUAUGCAUGUAUGUUGUACUUGUACAGUGCGGCAUGAUUGGUCGGUACGAUUUACCCGACGAAUGGAUGGCCGGGUAAACCGG